GCUGCUACUAGGUACAUAGGCCUAGGUAGGUACAUAUCCAUGAAUGCCUAUAAUUUCGCUGGUGUAUACAUAUACAUAUACCUACAUAUGUACAUUACCAACUAUAUGUACUUACCUAGGUACCUACAUCUGCUACAUGUAGUCGUACUAGGUAUGCUAAGUUACAUUCGUCCCUCAACAUCAAGCCGUACACCGACUGAGAGAUUGACUUUUUUCUUUUGCGCCGUCACCGAUACGACCAGCAUAACAAAACCAGCAACACCAUGAUCCUGGCUGUCCCAGGGAGCUUCUCUUCUUCAACUCCCCCAAAGCAGGCAAGGCUAGACUAGUUUCCCAGGCUCUAGCUACAGCUUCGAAGCUAGAGGUCAGCUCGAUUCUUCAAAGCUUCACCCCUAAAGCGAAGAAGAAAGAGGAGCGAACACUUAUUACAAAGAUCUGCUUACUCGCCUACCUAUUUGCCUACAUAUCUUAAAAUCCUUGUCACGUAUCAAGUACCUCCCUCCCCCACCAUGGAUCCCAACGCUUUCUAUUUCCGAGGAAGUAAAGACUCUAAGGAAACGAGCAUCUCCCCGCCACCUCCUCAACGAACGGGCUCUGCUUCGAGCUUGCACAAGUCUGGCCAUGUCAUUGCUCAUAGUCAUCGUUCGAGCUUCGCCGAAAAUUUGAGAGGCCUACCACCGUCGCCACGAAAUCAGAGACAUCCGUCCUUCACUCAGGCCGCCAUUCAGGAACUACUCAAUCAUCCACCAGCCUCAAGACAGCAUAAUCCUCGUUUCGCCGGGAGGGAUUGGCGCGAAGUCGCAAUUGGAGAGCUCGUGUCUAAAGAUGAAGUCGCCUGGGUUGAAAUGGAUACUACUGUGGAAGAUGCGACGAUGGCGCUACUGAAGAAUACCUCGAGCAAAGUUGUUAUCGUCAGAGAGGACGCCACCAGCUCCAUUCCCGUCUCAACCUUCGAUUAUAAUGACCUAAACGCAUACAUCCUGGUCGUGGUUGGGUUAGCGCAUCCAAGUGAGGAUUUGGUCGAAUUAUACGACACGGUAGCGACAAAGGCCCAGGCCCGGGUCAGCAUCCCUCUUCGCGACGUCCAGCCAAUAUUCCGUAAAGAGUCGCUCGUCACCCUAGAGGGAGACGAGGACCUAGCCAAGGCGAUCGAGGUUCUCGGCAGCGGGGUGCACCGAGCGCUCGUUACCAAUCACGACGGAGAAGUUAUUGGUGUUCUAAGCCAGUUGAAGCUUAUAGAGUUCUUCUGGAACGAAGGUGUGAAUUUCCGCGUCAUCGAUGACCUCUACCCGAGGCUCUUGCGCGACGUCGGCGUCGGAUCACAUCAGAUAAUAGCUAUAAAUGCGGAUAGCCCUUUGACGGAAGCGCUCAACCUCAUGAAUCAAGAAGGCCUGUCUAGUGUAGCUGUCGUCGACAAUGGUUUAAACGUCGUCGGUAAUAUUUCCAGCGCGGAUGUCAGACACCUUACUAAUGCUGCGAGCUUUCCGCUACUGCAGAAUUCAUGUAUGCAUUUCAUAUCGGUCAUCUUGACCGAGCAAGGCGCCGAGAAAGGCAAGGACUCUUUCCCGGUCUUCCAUGUCAACCCCUACUCGACACUUGCACACACGGUAGCUAAAUUGGUGGCUACGCAUUCACAUAGAAUGUGGAUAGUGGAAUCAGCUUCUCCCUCGCCUUCCGCACCCGGGACCCCUUCGCUGGGACCCACCGUCUUCGUCCCAACCCCGUCAUCUUCGCAGACAUCUCUUUCGGGUGGUCAUUUUCCUUCGGUCCCCCCAGCUUCCACCUUACCUGGGUCUUACUUGUCGGGUCGCCUGAUCGGUGUCGUCACCUUGACGGAUAUCCUUAACCUGUUUGCAAGGUCGACCGGACUUAACCCAUCCGAUCCGAGCGAGCAACGAGCAAGAAGGCGAAGGAGCUCUAGCAGUUCUAUUCGCCCAUCUAUCGAGUCUACCCGUGCCAGCCUGGAUAUCCGACGUUGAUGGUGGCAAGCUGUCGAAUAGUGUUUCUCGGUGUUCGAGAAAAGGAUACCUAGGUCUUGAUUACCUACCAUCUAAGGGUAGUCUGGCUCCAAUACACAAUGAAUAAUAUGGUGCUACCGUGAUAUCAUUCUCGCCUGUCCCAGCAGUCUUUCUUAUUCUCGUAAUGGUAGUGGGGAGGGGGUUUUAUUGGUGUUUUUGCCGCGUGUCAUUUAUUCUAAAUCGCAAUGACGUUCAUGAGACAUGUUGCUAGGAGGAGUCUAUGGCGUUACUCCCAUAUUUCUCUUUACAAGGGAUGGAUCAUAGUCGGAGUUAGACAUAUUCAAAUAUUAUCGGGAUGGUUUUACCUA